AUGCUGAGGCCGGGUCCGGGCGCGGCGCGGCCUGCCGCGAGCUCUAACACCAGGAAAAAAAAGACCAAACCUGCGGCCCGCAAGGCCGCGCCUGACCAAGCACAAACUCACUCGCCUUCCUGCAAAAAAACCCAGACCACGUUGCCGGAACGUUCCACACCGCAAGCAAGGCCAGGAGGAGACAAUGGAAGUAUCUGGGCUCGGCUUUCAGAAAGCGCAAGGUGUCCGAGAGGGAGGAGUCUGGGCUGUCGUAAGGUUCCCAACACUGAAGCUGGGGACCGGGAACUUUCCCCGGCGGACGGGCGCGGGACCCAGUCUUCGGUGGAGCCGAGGAGACUGUUAAUUCACUCGCGCGACCACCAACACAGCAGCGCUCGCGCCCUCCCCCGCGGGGGGCGCCCCCACCGUUUUCCCGCCUCGCCUGCGCGCUCCCCACCCCUCCCCCGGCGCGUAGCGGAAGUGACGCGCGGCGUAGCGGAAGUGCCUGCAGCCGCCGUGUUGUGCUGUGGGGCAGAGGGACGGGUUUGUAAACCCCGGAGCGAGGUUCUGCCUGCCCGAGGCCGCUGCUGUGCGGAGAGCCCCGGGGAAGCCGCCGUCACCAUGUCUGACCAGGAGGCAAAACCUUCAACUGAGGAUUUGGGGGAUAAGAAGGAAGGAGAAUACAUAAAACUCAAAGUCAUUGGACAGGAUAGCAGUGAGAUUCACUUCAAAGUGAAAAUGACGACACAUCUCAAGAAACUUAAAGAAUCCUACUGUCAAAGACAGGGAGUUCCAAUGAAUUCACUCAGGUUUCUCUUUGAAGGUCAGAGAAUUGCUGAUAAUCACACUCCAAAAGAACUGGGGAUGGAAGAAGAAGAUGUGAUUGAAGUUUAUCAGGAACAAACAGGGGGUCAUUCAACGGUUUAGAUAUUCUUUUUAUUUUUUUCUUUUCCCUCAAUCCUUUUUUAUUUUUAAAAAUAGUUCUUUUGUAAUGUGGUGUUCAAAACGGAAUUGAAAACUGGCACCCACCUCUUUAAGACAUCUGGUAAUUUGAAUUCUAGUGCCCAUUAUUCAUUAUUGUUUGUUUUCAUUGUGCUGAUUUUUGGUGAUCAAACCUCAGCCCCCUUCAUAUUGCCCUCUCCUUGUUAAAAAUUACGUAUGUGCACAGAGAGGCCACCUUUUCCAGGACUGUGCAUUUUCAGGCUUGUGAUAAAUAAGACCGACCAACGUGAGUGUUCAUCAUGACUUUCCAAUUGGCCCUGAAGUUCUAGCAUGUGAUUGCUUCACUCCUGGACUGUGACUUUCAGUGGGAGAUGGAAGUUUUUCAAGAACUGAACUGUGGAAAAAUGACCUUUCCUAAACUUGAAGCUACAUUUAAAAUCUGAGGGUCUGGACCAAAAGAAGAAGAAUAUCAGGUUGGAGUCGCGAUGACAGAGAUGAUGAGAGUAAUGACUGACUCCAAAGAUGGCUUCACUGAAGAGAAAGCAUUUUAAGAUUAAAGAAAAAUCUUGUCAGAAGAUCCCAGAAAAGUUCUAAUUUUCAUUAGCAGUUAAUAAAGUUAUUCAUGCAGACGUGUAUACAACAGAACACUGCUCUUUUUGAUUUUAUUUGUACUUUUUGGCCUGGGAUAUGGGUUUUAAAUGGACAUUGUCUGUACCAGCUUCAUUAAAAUAAACAAAAUAUUUGUAAAAACUGUA